AUGGUGUCGUUCAAAUCUCUCCUCGUUACAAGCGCGCUGGCUUGCGCUGUUUCCUGCGCCCCUGCAGCGGAUUAUUACACUAUUGCUGCUAACCCAGGUUCGGGAAAACGAGGCCUUGCUUACAACAAUAUUAACCUCCUUACUGCAUUCGAGGGAGGUCCCUUCUCCUGGUCCUACAACUGGGAACCCAGGCCUGGGGGUUACACCGCCGGCAUUGAAUACGUACCCAUGCUUUGGGGUCCCAGGGGCUACGGAUCAUGGAACGCCGAUGCGGAGGCAGGAAUUGCUGCUGGUAGCAAGAAUCUACUCGCUUUCAACGAACCCGAUAUAGCCUCACAAGCCAAUAUGUCUCCAGAAGCUGCCGCGGCGGCGUAUCAGAAGUACAUGAACCCGUACGCAGCUAGAGCCCGCCUUGGCUCUCCAGCCGUUUCCAAUGGGGCCCCUCCAAAGGGCCUUGGCUGGAUGCAGGGAUUCCUGGACGUCUGCGCCGGAAACUGCAAGAUCGACUUCCUUGCUGUCCACUGGCACGGCCCUAGUGGAAAUGUGGAUGAUUUCAAACGCUACGUUAGCGAGGCAAUCGCACUUGGCCAGAAGUAUGGAAUUGGCACUGUCUGGGUUACCGAGUUUGAAGGCCAAGGGGAUGAGGAAGCGCAGGUCAAUUUUCUGAAGGAGGUGCUUCCAUGGUUGGAUUCGAAUGCGGGCGUGGAGCGCUAUGCCUCUUUCUUCGUCGAUAAUCUUGUCAAAGGAGGCGCUUUGACUUCCGUCGGCAAGGCUUAUAAAACGAUCUAA